CUAGAGAGAGAGAGAGAGACGGAGGGAGACAGUGGAGUUUUGUCAUCUUUCUUCUCACAUCCUUGUCCACGGAAUAGCCUUCUGAGAAUCAGAAAAGCCCAUCAUUCUCUUUAGGGUUUUCCACUCAAUCUCAAAAGAGAGAAAAAGCUCAAAUUUUGCAGCAAUUUUCUUCAUUAAAGGAGUGAGCUUUUGAAUUUGUAUUUAUAUUACGUCCGGAGUAGAUCUCUGAAACCUUCAGGUAGCUUAGCUUUACCGCAGCUGAUCGCAUCUAUCUGGGUGGAUGUGGUGAAUGUUCUGAUCUGAUAGUUGUAAGAAAUUGGUUGGCAAAGCUCGUUGAAUUCGGAGGUUUAGUUUCGUAUUUUCAAGAAUAGUUAGGCUCUUGAGAGAUGGAACUCUCUGAUUCUCUAAUUUGAGUUGUUGCACAUUGAUCUGUUGCAAAGGAUGGGUUCGUUUCGUGGGAAUUGUGAAAUAAUGGAGGUAAAGGAUGAACGGAGUGUAACGCGACAGCCUCAAUCGUUUCGGCAAUCAAAGAAAGACCAGAAGCCUCCGAUCAUUAAAAAAGGAAUGAACAAGACGUUGGAAGACGACAUCAAUAAGCUUUUCGAAGGAGUCAAUCUCAGAUCAACAAAAAGUCUUGAUCUUUCAGAUGUGCGGAGAAACCCUUCAAAGAAGCCGAUGAGGGGUGUUGGUUCUCAUUCUCCUGGGAUUGGAUUCUCAGAGCCCGUCUCUUUGAAGCAGGCUCUUAGGGGAUUGUGCAUUUCUCAGGCAGCGGAGAUGGCUGCUGUGAAACGGAAGUCGCUGCCAGCAUCUCCUAGAGCCUCGGAAGCUGGGAAAAUCGCUAAUAUUUACAGGUCUGUUGUGGUUGAAACCGGUGAAUCUAGCUGUUCUUCAGUUGAAAGUGAGGCACGAAGGAUAGAAAUAUCUCUGGUUCCGGAGCAGAGUGCCUCGUGUUCUUCUGAAACCUUGCCACAGUCAACAUUCCAAGGUCCUUAUUUUUCUCCCUGUUUAGAUGAUAAAGUGACUUUAAAGAAUAAACAACAUAAGUCACAAGAUCCUGGUCAUCAACUGGAUGAAUGCGACGAUGGAGGAAAGUCUCCUGUCGAAGAAGAUACCGGCUUAUGUUCUGCCAGCAAGCUGCCUCGGAAGCUUCAAGAUUCUGCUCUUCCACCGGCUACCGUUGUUAUGGAGGGUGCAGAGUUGAACAUUGCACAUAAUAAAAUAAUACCUGUUUCGGAAGCUGAUAUGCAGAAAUCUGGAGUAGGCCUACAGGAAGAAGAUUGCUGUUCAGUUUCUGUUCUUCCCCGAGACGAUGCUCAUGAUAAUCAUCUAAAGGAGGACCUGAAAAGUUCUGGCUCAAGCAAAGCUGCGAACGUCCCCAUCAAGGAAGUUCCCGCUUCCUCGAAAGUAGGUGAAAUGGCAGCACCGAAGGUAAGACGGAAGUCUAGGCUACAGACAGUGUCUUCAUCCAGUGUGGUUAAAGGAAACAAAGAAGGUACAUCUCGUGCGGCCAAGCCAGUUGGCAGAAACAAGAACAUCGUUAUAAAGAAAUCAAAGAAGGUAACGAUAUAUACUGAUGGAAGUUCGAAAGGAUCUCAUGAUGUAGAUACUGCUCAGAACCAAAGUUCAGAGCAAGUAAUCUGCCAAAGGUGUCAGUGUUCUUUGAGGGAAACGGGUAAGGAUUUCUGCAAGGAUCCCUCGGAUAGUGCUGGUGUUCAGGUUCCAACGGCUGGAACGGAUUUUGAUACGAAUAAAGAUACCUCUGUUGCUAAAAGUAACAUGGUUGGCAAACAAGGUGAAAAAUGGGAUCUCUCUCAGAGCUCAAACAGCAGUAAUUGCGACUUCAGUAGUAGCAACACGAGCCUCAGCGACGAGAGCAAUCUGAGUGGCUCAACUUGCAAUAAUAAGCCGCACAUGUCGAAGGACGUCAGGUGGGAAGCAAUCAACCACAUAAGAAAGAAGUAUGGUUUUCUAGGGCUGAAUCACUUCAAUCUACUGAAAAAACUCGGUUCCGGGGAUAUCGGUUCGGUGUAUCUUGCUGAAUUGAUAAGAACGGAGUGCCUUUUCGCCAUAAAGGUAAUGGAUAACGAGUUCUUAGCAAAAAGGAAAAAGAUGCCACGAGCUCAAACUGAAAGAGAAAUUCUCAAAAUGCUGGAUCAUCCGUUUCUCCCGACUCUCUACACCCAGUUUACCUCGGAUAAUUUAUCGUGUUUAGUCAUGGAGUUUUGCCCUGGUGGAGAUCUACAUGUCCUCAGGCAGAAGCAACCUGGUCGAUAUUUUCCUGAACAGGCCGCAAGAUUCUAUGUUGCUGAGGUCCUCCUCGCUCUCGAGUAUCUACACAUGCUCGGCAUCGUGUACAGAGAUCUAAAACCGGAGAACAUCAUGGUCCGUGAGGACGGUCACAUCAUGCUGACAGAUUUCGACCUAUCCCUGAGAUGUUCCGUAAACCCAACCCUCGUAAAAUCAUCCUCAUUAGCAAUGGAGCCUCCCAGGAUCUCGGGUCCAUGUGCAGGUUCCAACUGCAUCGAUCCAUUCUGCACCGGGCCUUCGUGUGAAGUCUCGUGCUUUAGCCCCGGGCUAAACGCAGCAGCUAGAGCAAGGAAGCUGAAAGCCGACGCCGCACGCCAAGCCAGGCUGCUCCCGCAGCUCGUAGCCGAGCCAACAGAGGCGCGGUCGAACUCCUUCGUCGGCACACACGAGUACUUAGCCCCCGAGAUCAUCAAGGGAGAGGGCCACGGCAGCGCUGUCGACUGGUGGACGUUCGGCGUCUUCCUCUACGAGCUUCUGUACGGGAAGACGCCGUUCAAGGGUACCAAUAACGACGAGACGUUAGCGAAUGUGGUGUUGCAGAACCUUCGAUUUCCCGACUCCCCCAUCGUUAGUUUCCAGGCGAGGGAUCUGAUCCGAGGGCUACUGGUGAAGGAGCCAGAGAAUCGGCUCGGGACGCAAACCGGAGCUGCCGAGAUUAAGCGGCACCCGUUCUUCGAUGGACUGAACUGGGCGCUGAUACGCUGCGCCGUACCCCCUCAGAUACCGGAGUUCUUCGAGAGUGAAAUCCCGCAACCGGCGCCGGCGCAGGAUGCCGGUGACUGUUUCGAGUUCGAGUUGUUCUGAAACAAAUUAAGGGUAGUUUAAAAGUCUGCUUUUUUUCAGCUGAAUUUGUAAUAUAUAGUCGCCAUAAUAUGUACUAGUACUGUUUAAUAGAGUUGUUCCACAUGAUGAGUUAAUGCCAAACAAGUUGAGAUA